CCUAUAGCAUGGUGAGUUGCUGUAUCAUGAACCCUCACGCAGCCAUUGCCCCACGCUGGUGUUUUCCAUCUGUGCGUCACCCCCUAGAGACACCUACACACAUAAGGAGGGAGUUGGCCGGGGCACCCCAGCACACACUGGCCUAACUCCAAGGAGGCACCUCAUCUCUUCUGGAGCCCCUUCCCACAGGCAAGGGGAUUCAGAGGAAGCGUGUUGGCCUGGCUGCCUUCAGGCUUCCAGAGUCCCAAGUGACUUUCCUUGAUGUCCUUCUCUCCAUCCUCUGCACAGAGGCAGCCUUCCCUCUUCUUAUCCCUGCCACGGGGUUUGGGAGGGGGAGCCUCAAACUCUGACAGGGAGGAGUGGGAGUCCCCAGCUAAAAUUCUCUGGGUCUAGAAACAGGUGUAAAGCGAUUCUGGGGAUGUGAUUUGGGGGAAAAGCACACUUUCCACACAGAGGCGGUCAGGAAAGGAGCGGGGAGGGGAGAGUGGGGCACAGGCAGCGCCUCCCGUCUAUGCGCCUGUGUGCAAAGUGGCACAAUGCCCCCCUUCCUAUUGGCAGUGCAGCCCCUGGCCAGCAACCACUCGCACCUGGGCUGGGGGCCUUUGUGUAGGGCACACCUGUGCAGCCACACCUACUUGUAGAGCCUCAUAGACUCAGCUGUGGACAAAAGCCUCACGCCCCAAACAGGGAAAUGGGAUCUCAAGGGGAAGAAGCUGGGGAAGCCUCACACCCUGCCCCCAUUUCCUCCUUUGUGGGGGAGGGGAGCAGCACGAACUCCUGAAGACUUGGGAGCGUCAGCAGCUUCUGCGGAAGGGGUGGGGCUGAGGGUGGAGAGAGGAAGGGAAGGAAGAAAAGGGGAGCCUUCCUGGCCAGGGUAACCGGCACUAAGAGGCCUCACUCCAAGCCCGCGAGGAGCCUGCGGUGGGGCUGGAGACCCGGCUCAGGCCCCUCCACCACCCUUAAAGUCCUCAGAAGGUGGGAACUGAACUGGCACAGGCUGGGAACCGGCUGUGCGCUGGCCACUUGAUUUUGCCAGCUGCCCUGUAAUUCAGCUGGUGAGGUAACUGAGGCACAGACUGAGGUAGAAUGAUUCGCCAGUCACUCAGCAAGUCAGCAGACGGGGAGGACUGAAUCCCAGCCUGAGAGCACCGAAGCUUGUAUCCCUGCAAUACCGAGCCCCAAGCCUGCGGGCCCCGGUGCCCAUCUCUGAGUUGGGCCGUCUUGGAAGGGUUCCCUUCCUCCUACAAGAUGGUGUGUGAGGAGCCUUCAAUACGACCCGGGGUGUAAAGUGCCCAGCUCUAGUAGGGGCUUGACGGCAUCCCCGCCGAGUCCCAGGAGAGAGAGAGAAGACCCCUUCCUGGAGUCCAGGGCUCCCAGGAAGAAACACUGGCAUUUGUCCCUUUGCUUCGGCUUCUGGAGGCAGACUCUGAGCCCAGGGAGAGGCUUCUGCAGCCCCAUUUCCUCAAAAAUCCAACCUGCCCAGGUGGCGGGUCAUGAGCUUCUGCAGCCCCAUUUCCUCAAAAAUCCAACCUGCCCAGGUGGCGGGUCAUGAGCUGUGCUCAGGAAGCCGGAAUCUGACCCUGGUGGCGUCGGGCCCGGUCUCCAUGGCAGCCGAGCAUUUAUUACCCGGGCCUCCACCCAGCUUGGCAGACUUUAGACUUGAGGCUGGAGAAAAGGGAACUGAACGCGGUUCUGGGAGCAGCAAGCCCACGGGUAGCAGCCGAGGCCCCAGAAUGGCCAAGUUUCUUUCCCAAGACCAAAUUAAUGAGUACAAGGAAUGCUUCUCCCUGUAUGACAAGCAGCAGAGGGGGAAGAUAAAAGCCACCGACCUCAUGGUGGCCAUGAGGUGCCUGGGGGCCAGCCCAACGCCAGGGGAGGUGCAGCGGCACCUGCAGACCCACGGGAUAGACGGAAAUGGAGACCUGGAUUUCUCCACUUUUCUGACCAUUAUGCACAUGCAAAUAAAACAAGAAGACCCAAGGAAAGAAAUUCUUCUAGCCAUGUUGAUGGCGGACAAGGAGAAGAAAGGUUACAUCAUGGCGUCCGACCUGCGGUCAAAACUCACGAGUCUGGGGGAGAAGCUCACCCACAAGGAAGUGGAUGAUCUCUUCAAGGAAGGAGAUAUCGAACCCAAUGGCAAAGUGAAGUAUGAUGAAUUUAUCCACAAGAUCACCCUUCCUGGACGGGACUACUGAAGGAGGAGAAUGCGAGAGCCUCCCCUGGGCCUGAAAACUUGGAGCAAUUAAUUUUUUUUAAAAAAGUGUUCUUUUCACUUGGGGGAGAUGGCAAACACAGUGGCAAGACAACAUUACCCAACUAUAGAAGAGAGGCUAACUAGCAACAAUAAUAGAUGAUUUCAGCCAUGGUAUGAGUAGAUCUUUAAUAAAAGAUUUGUAUUAAUUUUAUUAACUACCGUGAGUCCAGCCCUUUCAAGCAUGGAAGGAGCCUGCGGUUUGGAGUCUGGCCUGGGUUCCAGUCCUGGCUCUGCUGCUUCCCACUGUGACUUUGGGCAAAUCACUUCACUCCUCAAAGCACCCCCCACACAAGCUGGAUUCCCACUUCUUACCUCAUGGAGCCUGUUGAGUAAGGAUUGAGCUGAUGACUUAAGGGCAAUCUACCAAGAGACUUACUCUGUAUUUGGGGGCUAGAACCAUCUUCCAUAUUUCCAAGAUUUUCCAAGAUGAAGCCAGUGCUAGCUGAGAAGCAGCAACGAACAGAAAGCUGUAACACUUAUGACAACAAUUCUUGCAGUGCCAGAGGCCCAUUUACAAAUUCUCAUUUCCAUCUCAACAGAUAUAGUGACAUAGCAUAGCUCAGGCUAUUCAUUCAUAAACACAGAGUGUAGAGUGAAAACACAUGCUACAAUGAGGCAGCAUCAGUUGAGAGCAGGAAGAGUGAUCUACUUUACACCCCACACCAAAGGAAACCAGAUGUGAGCUGCUAAAUUCGCUGGCCUUGCAGAGCUCAAGAAGGGGGCUUCCAAUGCUGUGAGAAUUCUGAGCUGUUCCCUGGGCUCUGUUAACAGGCAGAGACGUUCCGGGAUGGUCUGCUCAAGUGGCCCACACCGGUCAUAGCCUUAAACCACUUCCCCAGGACUUACGGAGAGAAAUAAGGGGAUGUAACCAGCAAUGGCCAGGGUACUAUAGCCCUGGAAAACAGUAGUAGGAGCACUAGGCUUUCUGGGAGUCCAUCCAGCUGGAGUGGCUUUGAGUGAGUUACACAGCUAGAAGGUGCUAGAUUGGUGCUGCCAGAGAUUCAGAGGUGCCAUUCACUUGUCAAAUCUGGAUCAUUUGUAGUGCCAGCACAGUCCUAAAAGGGCUGGAGUACCACACCAACACAGGUAGGGGUGCAGGGCUUCAAGUACAAAGAUUUGCAUCCAUGUAUGUAUCAAAAGUGGGUUCUCUGGGCUGUGGCUUUGUCUAGUAUUACCACAGUGGCUGAAGUAGAAGAAAACCAAAUCAAAUGGGAUGUGUCUUUUGGGAGGAUGUACAAGACACAAAUCUUUCACUAGGCACCGGGCACAGGGAAAACUGCAGGGAACAAGAGUUGUAGUGUUAGUGCAACUGUCUCAACGAUGCUGUGUGGCUUCAGACCCAAACAAGGCCCUGAGGAAGGAGACUCUCAUUUCCCCAAGCAUAACUGCAAGGAGAGUAAGUAGGAAUUCCUAGGAGCCAAAGAGUUUUGUGGGGGUGAGGGUAAAUAAAUGGCCCAAAUGCCAACUAGGUGAAGUUGUGACCAUCUGGCUGGGAAGCCCAGGUCCGCACAGUGUAGGAGCAGAUGUUUUGUGGGGUCUGAGGUUUACAAGAUUUGGCUGCCUUAAGAAUACAAAAACAGAAAUGCAGAAUUUCUGGGGCUGCUCCUAGGACCAGAACAAGUGAAGGGUCCUGGUGCUUAAACUUCAUUACCUUCAUGGUAAAUCCACCAGAGGGCCGGUUAGAUGCUGGCCCCGCCGAGAGAACUGCUGUCACUUUCAGGCAAAGCUCAAAGGUCCUAGGCCCACAGUUCUUUUGAGCUCCAGUCAUGGACAUUAGGAAGUAAAUCCUGCACAGCCAACCUGGAAUACCAAAGAUUAGAUGGGAGAUAGAUACCAAUGAUUUAGAUGGCACAGGAAGAGCAAGUUCUGGCUAUAAUAAAUGAGGGUACUUUCCAUCAAAGCUUUUCUAUAUUUAUCACUGAAUAGUCCCAGUAUGGUUUUAAAGCAAGUUUUAUGAAUCUCAUUUGCCUAACAGGAAUCUGAAAUAUAACUUGCCAAAAACACACAGUUGGUGUGGAAUGGUCAUUAGAACCUGGGGCUCCUCUUCACGGACUCCCUGCUCAUUAAGGGAUUCAGUGGUCCAGAGUCUAAGAUCCUGUUAAGUGUUUGAUUCAAACCUCUACCCGAGGAAGGGCUGUUACCUUACUCCUGGUCCUGGUUUCAAGCUCAUUCCUGAAAUUCCAGCUGGUUUCUCUAGCACCUAGUGUUGUUUACAAGAAGGCCACAGUGCUCUUAGCAUUCAAACUGCAGAUACUAAACAGAUGCUGUGAUUUAUUAAAGAGUUAGCCAUAUUUCAACAAGAAAGGGAAAUGAUGGCUAUAUAUUCAUUACUUACCUCAAAGCAUGCUGCAAGAAAAUUAGUUACUUGUCAUGCUUUGAAAUCUCUGGAUGAAAGGUGCUUUGGAAGCACAAACCAUUCUCACUUGUCUCAUAGGGAUUGUCCCCUUGAACAUCCAGCAGUGUUAUUUUACAGAAGACAAAUUAACUGAAGGCUUUUCUUUUAUUACAUCUAAAGAGCUCUACAUAAACAGGUAACAUUCAAUAGGUAAACAAUUUUUUUCCAAUGCAUGUAAUAAAUAUUUUCACUUGGUACUUUUAUACAAACUGACAUUGUCUACUAUACAUUUUUAAAAGCCAUUUUACUGGUUUGGCAUGCGGUAUGGAAAUUCUAAGAGAGAAAGUUUUAAGGCAAUGAAUCACAGAUUUAAGUUCAUGGAAUUUAUGGUAACUUUAUCUGUUUAUGUACAUUUUCCCCUUUGUUAAACAAUUAACAGCAGCACACUCUGGGACCACCAGCUAUUUUCCCUCUCUUUCUGAAAUCUAAGCUUUGUAUUUAAUUAAAAAACAGAAUUCAACAUAUAUUGAUAAAACAAAAUUCUUACUAAAAUAAUUUCAAAUGUGCUUUAAAAAGUCCUGAAGAUCUUGAAAGUUUUAUGUGUUUAAAAUUGAAAUUGUUUAAAAAAAUGCUCUUUCCACAUUAAUUUAGAGUUUUCAUUCCAUUUCAGACACUUGACUCAAAGGAAAAUCUGCCAAGGAAUCAGAUUUUUCAGAGCUUACGUGAAUCUUUCCUAAGUCAGUAAAGAUACAGAAUUGUGAUAAUGUCUAAAUAAUUAGUAAAGCAAUUUUAAUGCUCAAAAUAGUCAACCAAGUAUGGCAUGGUUCUGGUUCAGAUUUUUUUUUUUUUAAGAUGUAUCCAAUAACGCUCAUGAAGUAAUUAAAAGCCACUUUAACCCUGCUA